AAAAUUUGCUGUGCCAAUACUUUGUUCCGGCAGUGUAUGUAUAUGGUUUUUGGAUCAGUUCUUGUAAGUUGUGUAGAUGACUUCUGUGUUAUUAGGAAAACGAUUGAAAACAAUAUGUUUUCGUAUUCCAAUGAAUUUGCACUUAUUUACCGACGUAAACCCGAUAAAUAUGGCUUAUACGCUCUACGGUAAAAAUAAUUCGAAAGUUUCGCCGCUGAUAAUAAUGCAUGGCCUUUUCGGUUCACAGAAAAAUUGGAAAUCUGUAGCAAGGGCUUUAGAAAGCAAUGUCGAUAAGAUGAUAUUCACCGUAGAUGCGAGAAAUCACGGCGACAGUCCUCAUACACCUGAGCACAGUUCAGCUCAUAUGGCUGUAGAUAGUAUCGAACUAAUGAGAAAACAAGGAAUGGCAAAAGCUUGUGUAAUGGGACAUAGUAUGGGAGGCAGAACGAUGAUGCACUUAGCUCUUAAACAUCCCGAAUUAAUCGACCGUGCCAUAAUUGUGGAUAUAUCUCCUAUUGCUUUGCCAAGAGACUUCCACACUAUGGAAAAUAUUUUCAAAGCCAUGGCAAAUGUUGAUAUACCUGCAAAACAUUCCUUGGGACAAGGGCGUAAAAUAGCUCAAGAACAAAUAAAGGAAGCAGUUGGAGACCAAUCAACUGUUGAAUUUAUAUUAAUGAAUUUAAAAAAGCGGGACAAUGGAGAGUAUGUAUAACACUUACAUAAGUUUAAUUCUAAUUAAGCUUAACUUGGAAUAGUCACACCUCAAACAAAUUUCGUAAUGAUCACGCGGAGUCUGGUGGACCCAAGCAAACAUACAGAGGUUCUAUUUCUUGUAUCGACUCAAAUCUUGGGCCUUACUUUAGUUUAAUACAAAAGUAAAUACAUAUGCCCGUUCAAAUCGAUUUGUGCAGACCGACUGACGCCACACUGACUUUCCAAAUAGCCUGAAAUAAUUAAAUUAAACUCCGCUAAUAA